AUGGUUGUUGAAAGUUCUAACACCAGGCGAACGGCAGAGUCCUUUAAUAUUACGCUGAGGGGUAAGUAUUUCUGGGAUACCCUAGGCAGAGUUGAGCAUUGUUAUCGCUCUGCAUAUCGUGAUAGGUCACUUACCAUCUGGGGAAGUGAAUCAUCGCCUUACGUUCGAUAUCCACCUGGAAAUAGGACUCAAAAUUGGGAUGUUACCCACCCUGCAGAGCCGAGAAGUUUGGAAAGGGAUAUUAAGCCCCCUGUUGUUGAGAUGCAUUGCUCAAAAAAGUUGGAGGUUGAACUGCAUGGGCUUGCCUGCGUCAUAACCCCUCAUGAAAUUGCUUUCAAAGUCUUUAGCGGAUGCCACGUUGAGAUCGUGUUUCUGCAGCAUAAUCUUGGAGUCAAAGUUCUUGCUGGCUGGCAGGGCUUUGGCUUCGUGGAUGCGUACGAGUGCCCAUCCAAGGUUGCUGGCAAUGAACCAAGUUCAAAAUACCCCUGGGUGCAUUCAACCCGAGGAAACCCCGCUUCAUGCCUUCAUCUUCCUGCAUUCAAGACUAGGCCCACCGGGCAAGGUUUAUCUGGCCCAACAGCCUCUGGUAAUAAACAGCUCAUGGAGUAA